GGCCGGCGCACGAGGCGGCAGGGCGGCCAUGACUGCGGAGCAGGCGCUGCCCCUGGGCAACGGGAAGGCGGCAGAGGAGGCGCGGGGGUCCGAGGCGCUGGGCGGCGGCGGCGGGGGCGCGGCGGGGACGCGCGAGGCGCGCGACAAGGCGGUUCACGAGCGCGGCCACUGGAACAACAAGGUGGAGUUCGUGCUGAGCGUAGCGGGCGAGAUCAUCGGGCUAGGCAACGUGUGGCGCUUCCCCUACCUGUGCUACAAGAACGGUGGAGGGGCAUUCCUGAUUCCCUACGUGGUGUUUUUCAUCUGCUGUGGAAUUCCUGUCUUCUUCCUGGAAACGGCGCUGGGGCAGUUCACAAGUGAAGGAGGCAUUACCUGCUGGAGGAAAGUCUGCCCUCUAUUUGAAGGCAUUGGCUAUGCAACACAGGUGAUCGAGGCACAUCUCAAUGUCUAUUACAUCAUCAUCCUGGCAUGGGCCAUCUUCUACCUAAGCAAUUGCUUCACCACUGAGCUCCCCUGGGCCACCUGUGGGCACGAGUGGAACACAGAGAAAUGUGUGGAGUUCCAGAAGCUGAACGUCAGCAACUACAGCCAUGUGUCCCUGCAGAACGCCACCUCCCCGGUCAUGGAAUUCUGGGAGCGCCGGGUCUUGGCUAUAUCUGAUGGUAUUGAGCAUAUUGGGAACCUCCGUUGGGAGUUGGCAUUGUGUCUCUUGGCGGCCUGGACCAUCUGCUACUUCUGCAUCUGGAAGGGUACCAAGUCGACCGGAAAGGUCGUGUAUGUCACGGCAACCUUCCCCUACAUCAUGCUGCUGAUCCUCCUGAUCCGAGGCGUCACCCUGCCAGGUGCCUCUGAAGGCGUCAAGUUCUAUCUGUACCCUGACCUCUCUCGGCUCUCUGACCCACAGGUGUGGGUGGACGCUGGGACACAGAUCUUCUUCUCCUACGCCAUCUGUCUGGGCUGCCUGACCGCUCUGGGAAGUUACAACAAUUAUAACAACAACUGCUACAGGGACUGUAUCAUGCUCUGCUGUCUGAACAGUGGCACCAGCUUCGUGGCUGGGUUUGCCAUCUUCUCGGUCCUAGGCUUCAUGGCGUACGAGCAGGGAGUGCCCAUUGCCGAGGUGGCGGAGUCAGGCCCUGGACUGGCUUUCAUCGCCUACCCCAAGGCUGUCACUAUGAUGCCCCUCUCCCCAUUGUGGGCCACCUUGUUCUUCAUGAUGCUCAUCUUCCUGGGUCUGGACAGCCAGUUCGUGUGUGUGGAGAGCCUUGUGACAGCCGUGGUAGACAUGUACCCCAAGGUCUUUCGGCGGGGCUACCGGCGAGAACUGCUCAUCCUGGCCCUGUCCAUCAUCUCCUAUUUUCUAGGCCUGGUGAUGUUGACCGAGGGAGGCAUGUACAUCUUCCAGCUUUUUGACUCAUACGCCGCCAGUGGCAUGUGCCUGCUCUUUGUGGCCAUCUUUGAGUGUGUCUGCAUCGGCUGGGUGUAUGGAAGCAACCGGUUCUAUGACAACAUCGAGGACAUGAUUGGCUACCGGCCACUGUCACUCAUCAAGUGGUGCUGGAAAGUUGUGACCCCUGGGAUCUGUGCGGGCAUCUUCAUCUUCUUUCUGGUCAAGUACAAGCCCCUCAAGUAUAACAAUGUGUACACAUACCCAGCUUGGGGCUAUGGCAUUGGCUGGCUCAUGGCUCUGUCCUCCAUGCUAUGUAUCCCGCUCUGGAUCUUCAUCAAGGUGUGGAAGACAGAGGGCACCCUGCCCGAGAAAUUACAGAAGUUGACAGUCCCCAGCGCUGAUCUGAAAAUGCGGGGCAAGCUUGGGGCCAGCCCACGGACGGUGACCGUUAAUGACUGUGAGGCCAAGGUCAAGGGCGACGGUACCAUCUCUGCCAUCACAGAGAAGGAGACGCACUUCUGAGUCCCACCAGCCGCUCGGAUCCUUCUCCCCCGUUCCUUCCCUGCUUGUAAAUGAAUCCUGAACCUUGUACUUCACCUAAUGUUAGGGGCUUGCUCAUCUGCACAGGACUAUUAACAAGUUAACUCCCAGCCGGCCACUGUGUGCCCUGGACCCUCGCCUCCCUCCCGUGAUCAUGGGCAUAUCCACCUUACCAAGAUAAUUCUGUACAGUGACUAGCAGAUCCUGGCCUAGGGUGGCUCAACCCACGUUUUCUAGAGUCCUUGUAUUAUACGGUCAACUUUUAUGCUGUGGGCGAGUGGAGUGAGGGAGCAGAGCCCAUCCGCCUCUGGUUUUCAGUCAUUCCUGACCUUGUCUCGGACCUUCUCUGCCCACCCUCCUCUGUACCCUAGGGAGAGUUGGUUCUGUUUUGUUGUUUUCUUUGGGUCUUCCCCUUUUCCAAUGACAGGACCUUCCACAUGUCAAAGUUGCAAGACAGUGAAGAAAACAUCCCACCAUCCACAGGGCUCCUGAGUAAUCAGGAGUUCAUGACUGUCCCAUCCAGUGACUGCGGCUACUUCCUUCCCUCCCUGAACCUCGGUUUGGGUUCUCCAUCUCCCAGAUUGAGGGAGGGGAUAGAAUGGAGUCUUCCCCUUGAAGUGGGGAAAGAUUCCCUGCCUCACUGCCUGGCAGGGCUGCUUUGACCUUGACCUGCAGAGACUUGCAGGCCUCUUCUCCAUCCUUCUUUGCUAUGACCCUCCCCCAAGCCCAACCUUAUCUUAAGUCAAACCUGUCACAAACCAUAUUGGGGAAGUGUGUUUCCCUAACAACUGGAGUUUUAGUAUAGCCCUGAUCCCUGGAGACUAGCACAUCCCCAGCCCCUGUGACAGGGGGUCCCAUCAUCUCUUCAACCUUCUUGGCCAUCAGUCUGUCCCUCCUUCCUUGGUAGGGAUGGACAGAGACCAACCACCUCUUCUUGCAGCUGCCUGGCCAAGAUCUAUGGCCAUCCCUGCAGGGGAGCUAGUGAGGCCCAGGGCUGGAUUCCACCCGCGGGCCCCUUCCUUACACCACCCCUCCUUCCCUCUUGUCCCCCGCCCUCUUCUCUACCUCCCUGCCACUCCCGCACAUCCUGUGGGCAGACAUCUUCUGGAGCCAUUCCACCUGCCCAGGUGUGAGGAGCCUUCACUCACACUUACCAGAGGGAGGAACUGGGCAUCCAUCCCUCAGGCUCUUCCUUGGAAAUGGAGAGCAGACGUGGUCCCCAGGAGGAGGCUGGCACUGUGCCCUCCCGCCUGGCUCAGACCUCUUGGACUGACCUCUCUCUUCCUCAUCUGCUGGUUUUUCCAGCUGUAUUGUCUGCCCAGCUAUUGGGGGAUGGGAGGUGGGAGGGGGGCAUCCUUUCUCUCUUCCUGUAAUUGCCUAGAUUCAUCUGUUGGAAAGGUGAUAUUUCUUCACACUAAGGCUCCCGUGUCCUGUCAAAGACCCGAAUGCUCUAUUUCCCCAAAGCUUCUGGACUCUGAGCUGUUCUGCCCAGCCGCACCCCCAACCCCCUCCCCUGCCUCCACCUAAAGCCUGAGAUGGCUGAGCCAAAUGCCCAGCACUCCCCAGCUAAUUGUACACUUGUCCAGGGCAUGCCCCUGACCCAGCUGCUCACAAACAGGCCACAUAUUCCUUCUGGGAAGGCCAACAUCAUACUGAAGAUGACCUGUGGAGCUGGUCCUCAACUGCUGUCCCCCACCACCCCUGAGGAGGGAGGCUGCCCACUGCUGCUAUUGCUCCUCACCACCAACUCCCUCAUGGACAGACAGACAGAUCCCUAAUGUCUGUCAUCACAGACACACGUGUUGUACAUGUGGCCCUUAACACUUGACACUCAUAACAUUACUCAUGGGGCAGGGUAGAGGGAGGCUUGUGGUUGGGGGUUGUUUUUUUGUCUUGUCUUGUUUUGUAAUUUCAUACUAGUAUUUGGGUAACUGUAGGGAGGAGGGGAGGGUAAGAGGGAGCAAGGGGACAUGUCUUUGUGUCAACUUUUUUGAUAUUCUUUAGAAAUGAUACAAUAUAUCCUUUCUGAGAUAUUUACAGUAUUAUUAAAAAUGAAAAGGGUUGGACGGUUUUGCAUAACAAACUUUUUAUUGGCAACCCAAAGAGCACAAGAUUGUCUGUCUGCUCCUUUUAAAAAAAAUUAAAAGAUGUGGAUCGACUCCCACGUGGCUGUU